AUGGAGCCCGAGGCGGCCUUCGGAGAGGAGCCCCGCAGGAGCCGGUUGGAGGCCCAGGAGGCGUCGGGGCCGUCGGCGGCGUCGGAGGGGGCCUCCCACAAGACGAGCCCCGGCAUGGAGGCCUUGCUGAGCGGAGCCCCCCCGCCGCCGCCGCCACCGCCACCUUUCCCCUGCCGGAGCCCGCUCCCUUCGGCUUACCCCGGCCCCUUGGACUGCCCCCCGUCCGUCUCCGGGGAGCCCUCGGGCAAGCCUUGCCUGGCCUCGACGACCGGCACAGCCUCGCCCUUCUCCUACGGCUGCUUCGGCGGAGGCUACUACUCCUACCGCGUGGCCCGGGGCGCCCUCAAGCCCGGAGCCCCGGCUCCGCCGCCGCAGCACCCUCCCUACCCCGAGAAGUACAUGGAGGCCUGCAGCGCCGCCGCCGUCGUCGAGGAGUACCAGAGCCGCCCCGCCGAGUUCGCCUUCUACCCGGGCUACGCGGCGGCGGCAGGGGCGUACCACCCCGGACAGCCCCCGAUGGCCGGCUACCUGGACGUCUCGGUGGUCCAGAGCCUGGGAGGCCCGACGGCGGUCUCGGGGGAGGCCAGGCACGAAGCCCUGCUCCCCGUGGACCCUUACCACGAGCCCUGGGCCUUGGCCGGAGGGUGGAACAGCCCUCAGAUGUGCUGCUCCAAGGAGCCCAGCCCCGCCGUCGGACACUUCUGGAAAAGUGCCUUUGCAGAGGCUGUGGGCCAACACCCGGGCGAGGGCUGCACCUUCCGCCGAGGCCGCAAGAAACGGAUCCCUUACAGCAAAGGGCAGCUGAAGGAGCUGGAGAAGGAGUACUCCAGCAGCAAGUUCAUCACCAAGGACAAGCGGAGGAAGAUCUCGGCCGCCACCAACCUCACCGAGAGACAGAUCACCAUCUGGUUCCAGAACCGGCGGGUGAAGGAGAAGAAAGUGGUGGCCAAGGUCAAGAACAGCAACGCCAACAACGCCAACGGCAGCAGUAGUACAACCACCAGCACCACCGCUUUCUCUUUCGGUCCCGAAACGCCCGCCUUGGGACUGAGUCGGAUCCUGGAGGCGAGUCCAAAGAGCGAAAAGCCCCUGGGUCAAGGCUCCUUAAAAGAAAAGCUGGGGAAGGUGGAAGGGAAGGAGGAGAAGAAGAAGAAUGUUUGCUCCCGAUCAAAGCCAAGGAAGAAGGCAGGCUGGAUUUGCCCUUGA